AUGGUAGCGACAGUCGAAAAUCCAGCUAUCGAACGCAGCAUCACCCCCAUCAAGGACGUGAAACUGUUGCCGGAACCAUCAUGUCACGAAGCCCAGGAGACCUGCAUCGAUCCAAUAGUAGUGAGAAAGCUCAAGAGGAAGGCGGAUUCCAUUCUCCUGCCACUCUUAGCCUUUGCCUAUCUUUUGAAUUCUCUAGAUCGAAGCAAUGUAUCAAAUGCACAUACGGCCGGCCUCGCGAAAGAUCUCAAGUUGGUGGGGAACCAGUACAACCAAGUUUUAACCUACUAUCAAAUUCCUUUCGUCGUCUUUGGACCCUUUGCAACAAUGGCGACGAAACGAUUUGGAGCCAAACGAUCGAUAGCCACAAUGCUCUUUGGAUUUGGAUGUGCAUCCCUUGCGACAGGCUGGGUCAGAAGUUUCCACACCCUUGUCGUCUGCCGGGUAUUUGUAGGACUAUUUGAGUCGGGCUUUCUUGCGUCAAUUAUCUACUAUCUCUCUAUCUGGUACACGAGAAACGAGCUUGCGACUCGCUUAGGGAUAUUCUAUGCCGCUUUGACUGCAUCGUCGGCUUUUGGAGGACUCCUUGCUUUCGGAGUUUUCCAAAUCAAAGGUGGAUCUUAUUUCAACUGGAGCUACCUCUUCUUCCUUGAAGGAGGUUUGACGUUGCUCUGGAGCAUUGUGGUAUUCCUGCUGCUGCCCUCUGAUACACAGAGUGGUCGAUUCUUGACUGCAGACGAGAAAGACGUAGCACGGCAGCGUCUGGAAUUGGACUCUGUUCAGACAUUGGAUGACAAGUUCAACUGGAAAGAGGCCAUCGGCGAGUUCACCACCUUUCAUGGCUAUGUCAGAUGCGUUCAGGCGUUUGCCGUUGGUGUUAUCCUCACCUCAAACGCCAACUUCCUUGCCAUGAUCGUGGCCAGGUUGGGGUACAGUGUCGUGAAGACCAACCUGUAUACCGUGGCUCCAGCAUUGACAGGUGCUGUUAUUCUUGUUGUAUGGUGUGUCUCAUCCGACCACUUCGGAGAACGAGGCCUCCAUAUAGCCGGCUCUGGAUUGUUGAGCUUGAUAGGGUACACCAUUUUGUCCACCGUGCCCACCAAGAAAACUGGGGUGGUUUACUUCGCCAUGUUUCUUUGUACUUCCGGUGCUUACCCGGCAACCCCGCUCAACGCCGCCUGGGCAUCUGCCAACAUUCCCAAUCUGAAUGCCCGAGCCCUGACGUGUGGAUUGAUCAUAGCCUGCGCUAACUGUGGUGGGUUUCUCUCCGCAAAUAUCUACAAAAGCAAUGAAGCACCACGAUACGUGACGGCGCUUCAUACCAACAUCGGGAUGUGCAUUGCGGUUAUCGUCAUUUCCGCGUCAUAUGGUGGUUGGAUGAGAUUGGAGAAUCGGAAACGCGAUACUGCGCAGAGUGUCGUGAAAGCAGGGGACUAUAUUACCGGUGGGAUCUCGAGCAUGAAGGAUCCGGCAUUCAGAUUCCGAGUGUGA